CCGGAAAAAGCCAUCUCACAACAGUGCUUGUUAGCGACACACAGCUGUACUAUCAACUAAAGUAUUUAAAAUGUCAGCUUGACAGGUAGUUAUUAUGGCAGGGGGCUUUCUAAUGGAGGUGUGUGUGGACUCCGUGGAGUCUGCAGUCAAUGCGGAGCGAGGAGGUGCCGGUCGGCUUGAGCUGUGUUGUAGUCUUAUGGAAGGAGGGCUCACUCCCAGUCUUGUAUUUAUUUAUCUACUUACAGGCCUGCUGCAGAUUGUAAAAAGAUGUGUCAAAAUCCCAGUGUAUGUGAUGAUUCGUCCUCGUGGCGGCGAUUUCCUUUACUCUGACUGGGAAGUGGAAGUGAUGAGGAAAGACAUGGAGGUGAUGCAGACCCAUGGGGCUGAUGGAUUUGUGCUGGGAGCCUUGACUGCAGAUGGAUGGGUGGAUGCAGAGCUCUGUAUGGAGUUUCUGGCUGCUGCUCGUCCUUUACCUGUCACCUUCCACCGAGCUUUUGACAUGGUCAGUGAUGCAGCGGUUGCCUUGGAGACGCUAGUGUCAUUAGGUUUCCAGCGGGUGCUGACCAGUGGCUGUGACAGCUCUGCAUUGGAGGGACUCUCACUCAUUAAGUGCCUUGUAGAGCAAGCUAAAGGUAGAAUUACCAUCAUGCCAGGUGGUGGCAUCACAGAGAGAAAUUUGCAAAGAAUUUUAGCGGGAUCAGGCGCUCGCGAGUUCCACUGCUCUGCUCGCUCAAGCAGAGAUUCUGCCAUGAAAUUCAGGAACAGCAGUGUGACAAUGGGAGCUUCUCUCACAGCACCCGAGUACAGCCUGAAGGUGGCAGAUGUGAGCAAAGUGCGAACUUUUAACGCAAUUGCCAAAAAUACCCUGUGAAUUGAAACUAGACAAUCAUGACUAAAUCAAUACCUCCAAAGUUAUUUAUUGGAAUCUAAUCUUUCUGCGACUUUCUGCUUCUGACUUUUUUUUUUUUCUUCGUCAUUUCCAUCUAAAAUAUACAUCUUUUCAAAAUAAAAAUUAUCACACAAUUUGGCAAUUUUGGGGCUUAACUGUACUAGAGUGUGUUACGGAUUCACAAGUUUCAGUUUGUUUUUGUUUUUAUGAGGGAAAAAAGCAAAUAUUUACAGAACUUUGCAUUUGUUGGAAGAAGAGCCAAAACUGAUCGUCUAAUUUUAUUUCUUAUGACAAUGACUGUAUAUUUUUUCAGCUUUCAAUUAAAAGAUGUUAUGUUUUA